AUGAUAUUCUCGACUGGUGAAUUUUGGCACGUAAAAGUUCAAAAAACCGAAGAAGGCUUAUUCUUCACAGAUGGUUGGGAAGAAAUGAUCAAAGCCCAUGGUCUCGGUGAAGGAUGCAUUCUUUUCUUCUGUUAUGAGGGUAACAUGGUUUUUACUCUAAAGAUCUUUGGUCACGAUGCUUGCAGAAUCAACAAUUUCUGUAUUAAUAGGAAGGGCUUCAAAAACAGAAAAGCAAAUAUGGAAUUUAAUGGCAUCGGUGAAGAUUCAAACAGUAGCCUUUGCCGGAUUCCAUCGGCCAACAACUGUGAUGAAACCCACAUGAAAGAGAAAGAUUCCAAUGACGGCUCCGGACCUUCCGGAUUAAAAGUAAGGAAGCCAAUGAACUCUAGAGUUUAUAGGGCUCAGUUGCAGAAACUACGGGAACAUAGGAGGGGUCUCGGUGCGGAGGAUAUUCCAAUGAAGUCUACUAUGCUUGAAACUGAACUUGAAGAAGUUGACCGGUCAGCAAUACAAGGGACACAUUGUGGAGAUGCAAAAGGAUGGUUGACUUGUCAACAAGCAAAUAGCAAGGAUGCCCCUCCACUCAGCAUUAAAUGUGCCACCCAGCAUUAA